AUGGUUCAAAAACCUUUAGUCGUCGUUAGCGGAGCUACUGGUGCUCAAGGUGGAUCUAUUGCUAAUUCACUCCUCGAUACGGGACGUUACAAAGUUCGGGCAUUAACUCGUAACACGAAUUCAGAUAAAGCGAAAGCAUUGGCAUCUAAAGGAGCCGAGGUAGUUAAAUUUGAUAUAACCGUUAAAGAAGAUAUUAAGAGUGCUUUAAGCGGUGCUGAUAUCGCUUGGUUGGUUACUAGUUUCUUUGAUAAAUCAUUACUUGAUACGGGUCUUGGUGAAGAAGAAAGACUAGGUAAAUUAUUUGCUGAUAUCGCUAAAGAAGAAGGAGUAAACUGGUUAAUUUACAGUUCUCUCCCCGAUAGUACUGCUGAUUCUGGUGGAAAAUAUCCUGACGUUAUCCAAUUUGCUGGUAAAAAUCACGUUGAACAAUACAUUAGAACAUUAGGAAUCAAUUCAACAUUUGUCUAUCUUGGCUUCUAUAAUCAAAACUUGGGAACUCAUAUACCUUUGAUUCCGAACGAGAAUGGCGAAAUUGAAAUUGCUCUCCCUUAUUUGGAAGAAAAUGAUCAGCUUCCCGUGAUCGAUGUCGACAGCGAUACUGGUCCUAUCAUUGCGAAAAUUAUUGAGGAAGGACUAACUAAAUGGAACGGUAAAAAAGUUCCUGUUGCUGCCGAAUAUGUUACUAUGAAACACAUUGCCGACGUAUUGACCAAAGUUACGGGAAAAACAUAUAAGAUAAAAACUCUGGAUGACGAAGGUGUCGCCGAAAAAAUCCCAAAUAAUAACAAUGAACAAAUAAAACAAAUGUUCAAAUUUGAAAAAGAGUUUGGGCUUUUUGGAAUGGACAAUGAAGUUAAAGAUAUUUCUAUUGCCAAGAAACUACUUCCAAACAUUAAAACCUUCGAGCAAUAUGCACUUGAAACUUACGGAAAAGCAUAA